AUGGCGCCUCCAUCGCUUCCUCCCUCUCCCUCCGAGAUCCCCGUCACGAGCGUCAACAUGUCUACGGCGACUCCGGCACCAACGACGGCGGUCCUGGCCUCACCUUCCGCAAGCACGACUUCCCCCGUCACACCCAGCGUGACUACUACGAUGAGCACAACCUUAGCGCCGUCCAGCCCGACGUCGAACGUCACGACCCAGCCGAUGCAAACCACUACUGCGCCUUCAGCGGUCGACUUGACACCCGCGGCUACGACGGCAAGCCAAACCAACGCGACGACGCUCAUGCCGACAGCGUCUGCGGCACCUGCUCCGACGACAGCAACGUCCACAACUGCAGCGCCGACGAAUACUGUCACGACGCAACAGAGCUCGACGACAAUCGUUGGGCCGUCGCCUGUCCCUUCUGCAACCGUGCUGGCCUCAGAGUAUCCAUCAUCUGAUCCGGUUCAUCCGGCGUCAACCUCGAGCUCCCCGCAACCGGGCGCUUCAACUGCGUUGGCGCCCAAGCCGAUGGCCUCGACGGCCCCAUCGGCUUUGCCUGGAAGCAACCACACCAAGCACUUUUAA